CCUAACGAAAAACAAGUUCAAAAUGGCGGACGAAGGAAGAGUUUUUACAUAACAUUUUCCCAAAAAGAUCGAAUUUUUAAACUUUAUUCUCAUACUUAGGGCCAAACGCCAUCCAUGAACUUAGCACCAUAAUUUCAAGUGACAGAAUGUUUACAUUAACAGCAAGGAGGGUUUCACAAGGACUUCAUAGGAAUAUUUAUUUUUCUGCACUUCGUUCUGGCGACUUCAAAUUUGCAUCGUCUUGUGUUUUGAACAGUGCAAAAAGAACACUAUUGUCGAACUGUCGACAGACAGAUAAACUCUGUGGCUCUAGCUUAAGUUGUUUAUGGCGCUCACCACCUUCUAACGUUUUUAUAGUGUGGGGUUGUCGGUCAAGUAGUUCUACAUCUACAUCUACAUCUUUCAGUGGAUCAGUAUUUAAUCGGAACAAGACAACUUUAGUCUACGUAGGAGCUGUGGUUCUUACAGUCCUUGGUUUUUCUUAUGCUGCGGUGCCUUUAUACAGAUUAUACUGCCAGGCUUCUGGUUUGGGCGGAACAAUAAAGCAAGCAGAAUCUGGUGAGAAGAUUGAGAAGAUGGAGAGGCAAGCAGACAGAAUAUUGAGAAUCCAGUUUAAUGCUGAUACCAGUAAAUCUAUGAGAUGGCACUUUAAACCACAGCAAUCCCAUGUCAAGGUUGCUCCAGGUGAGACAGCCCUUGCAUUUUAUACAGCAACAAAUCCAACAGACUCUCCAAUAACGGGGAUAUCUACCUAUAAUGUGGUUCCAUUUGAAGCUGGACAGUACUUCAAUAAGAUACAGUGUUUUUGUUUUGAAGAACAAAGGCUCAACCCUCAUGAACAAGUUGACAUGCCAGUCUUCUUCUACAUUGACCCAGAGUUCACAGAAGACCCAGCAAUGGCAAAGGUUGAUACUAUCAUUCUGUCAUACACAUUCUUUGAAUCAAAAGAAGCUGAAAAAAUGGGUUUAUGAUGAGAAUUGCUUGGGAUAUUUGUAAAAAGUCUUGGUUGUUGAGGAUUUGUAAAAUAAUAAAGAAAUUCAAUAGACAUCUCCUGAGUUCAAAUGACUGACAGAGCUUUCAAUAAUAAUUGUAGUAAGCAGUUAGUCCUAAGAAGUAGGGGGCUGAAGCCACUGGUGUUUGUAUAUAACUUUAUUUGGCAAUGAAUUAAUUUUUUGUCAAAAUAGCCUGCAGCCGGUGAAGUAUCUGGUGAUGAACCGCCAGUAGCCACCUUUUAUUGAAAGCUCUGACUGACCACCAAACAAUGGCUUCCGGUCGAGGUUGGAGUUUUAAGUCCAACCCCCAACUUGGAGCCAUUGUCUCAUCCUCAGUCAAGUAAAUUCUGGGAAGCUCUAUAGCCCACUUCCGAGAUAUGCUUUGCUUGCCAAUCACAAAAGUUUCGAUGUGAUUCUUUGUGCAUAUUACUCAGUGAUUUGUGAGUAAAGAAUUAAUGUAAAUUAGCACAGAGCCUUGUACUGAAAGUGUGACAAGCGAAGCAUUACCUUGGAAGUGGGCUAUUGUGUCGGCAUUUUCAGAGAUUAUAUUUGGUAACAUGUACAUGCUGUGUCGCAUGUAAACGUUUUUAUUGCUUGUACAGCAUGCUCAUGAGAAAACCAUGUUGUGAAACAUACACUGCUGUAACAAAUCUGCAAAUAAACCUUUUAAAAACAAAAA